AUGUGCGAUGAAACGCAAGUGGUGCCCUGGCAGGAACCGGACAUGUUCAACUGUACUACGUCCACCUUCUACCAGCUCAGGAAACAGUUAAGCAAGAUCGAAACUGGUGAGUUAUCAGUGAACACAUUCGUCGGGGUCCGACUGGCCGCCGACUUGACCUCUGCCUGCGAACAAACUCCUCAGUUAUACGGGGCUGAUGUACUGGUCGCUGAGGGAAUACUUCUUGAAUUACUGCAGUAUGAGAUGAGGCAAGCUGGAUUGAACCUUACGCAUAGUCAGGAUAAGGAUUAUGUUAGGAAUGUGAUAAAAUCAGCAAAUACAAUCCUAAACGAGCAGUAUACGAAACAAUGGUCCCGUAUUCGCGAGCUGACAGGCCACGGCAUGGAACUUCUACUGCAACGGUUCGACAACUACAUCGCAGUGCUAGCUGAGAGCCAACACGAUACUUAUACCAGUCCCUUCGAAAUUGUCACUAGUGAUCUUGUAAUCGGCGUAGACAUAGUAACAGCAGAAUCGAUAUACGGCUUCGAACCGACUCAACUAAAUCGAUACAACAUCGAUACCUACACGACCGAGCGAGUGGUCCUACCAGACACAUCGUCCUUCAUACAUUCUCCCAUACAAACUCCUAUAUACCAUGCUAAUGGGAAAAUACAUAAACAUAGAAAACCUUCCAGUCCUACAGUUUCAUUCCCAAAGUACAAUAAUUAUGUGAAGAGCAAGAACAAGUUUGAUAAAUAUACGAGGGUGCUGCUGCCUUUGGAUCUACUUGGAAUUACUAAUAAUAAUAUUCAAGAAAACCUCGAAACAAACUACGAAUCUCGCGCCGUAUUCUCCUACCUCCAAUACUCCCGUAACACGUCACAAAUGAUGCCUCUUCGGAUGGACGAGUCAGUCAGCCAACGGUGGGGAGUCAACAUUACCGUAGGCUCCCCCAUCAUACAGCUAGCACUGUUUGUACCGGAGUACGUAUGGACUAAGGAGGCCAGUGAAGAGGAUAAUUCGCUUGAAAACAGCUUGGAGGAUGUUGAAGGUAUUGUCUAUGCCAACAAAGGCAACCACCAUCAAAUGAACAACCACGUCAAUCAGAACUCCCAACCGAAAAACACGUGGCCGCUCGACGACCCACAGAUACAAGACAACCACGGCCCAGUAGUCAUACAACCAACAUUCAAAAAACAAGAGAAAUCAUACGCCAACGAAGAUUUACAAGAAAACGAAUCGUCUUACGUCGAGGAAAAAAUAGAAACCAACGAAGGACCUAAAGUGAUGGCGCUAGUGUCGGAAAUGGGGAACUCUACUAAGGACGGUGGCAAAAAGAAGUUGAUCUACAAAAGCUUGAGUGGCAUUCGGUUGAAGAGACCUGUUAGACUGCAGAUGUGGCUGGAUAUUGAUCGGGAGACGUUUGGGUCUAGGACCAACCCUCAAUGCGUGCAUUGGUCUACUUUAAGAGGAUCUGGAGAAUGGUCUCGAGUAGGAUGUCACACGGAGAUCGACUACGAUUGGUCCCCAUACUCCAAUGAACCGCUGCUUAUCAACUGUACCUGCAACCAUCUGUCCACCUUCGCUGUACUCGUUGAUGAGGUGGAUAUUGAGUUCAUCCCAGAACCCUCCCUCCUGGAAUCAGUAACAUCAUAUACAGCCUUCAGCAUAUCCCUACCACUGCUCCUGAUCACAUGGCUGGCUCUCUGCCUGAUGCGAGGCGGCGCUGCUACUGUCUCCAACUCCAUACACAAGCAUCUCAUCUUCUGCGUGUUUAUGGCCGAACUGCUGUACCUCAUUGCUUUGAAAGCCAGGACUUCCUUGGUGCAAAAUGAGUUCGUGUGCAAGGUGCUGGCGAUGUCGCUGCACUACUGGUGGGUGUGCGCGCUGGCGUGGUGCGCGUGCGAGGGCUGGCAGGUGCGGCGCCUGGUGCGCGAGCUGCGCGACGUCAACCACGCCGGGCUCGCCGCGCACCUCGCCGCCGCCUACGCCGCGCCCGCCGUCGUGCUCGCGCUCGCUGCCUCGCACCACCAGCAUCAGUACGGGAAUGCGCUCUUUUGCUGGGUGAGCUGCCAUGAGCCGGUAGUAUGGUGGGUGGUGAUACCGGCCGCGGUGUACGCGGGGGCCGCGCUCGUAUUCCUCGCUGGAGCCACGCGCGCCGCCUUCACUGUACGAGACCAUGUUAUUGGAUUUGGAAAUCUAAGAUUACUGCUGGGGGUGAGCGUGGUAUGCGUCCCCCUGGUGGUGGUGUCGUGGGCGAGCGCGCUGUUGCUGGGCAGCGAGGUGGGGGGGCGGCGCGACGCGCUCAGUGCCGCGCUGGCCGCCGCCGUCGCUGCACACGCCGCUGCGGCUGCACUAGGGUACAUCGCCUUCAAUAUACGCGUUAGGGAUAAUCUUAAGAGGACGGUACUAAGAUGUUUGGGCAAGAAAGUGCCUCUAGUCGACACAUCAAUCAUAGUCAGCAGCAGUGCUCAAAACUUAUCACAAGUUAACAGGUCUGCCCUGGCGUAUCAUAGUAGUACGGAGCCAGGACGUCAGAUGAGAAAUAUAGGAAUAUCAGCAUCAUCCACCACUUCCCGAUCUACUACUAAAACUAGUUCCAGCCCUUAUAGUCGCAGUGAUGGACAACUUCGACACACAAGUACUUCAACAUCCAACUACAAUACAAGCGCGAGUGACAUGCCCGCGUACUUGAGAGGGUUCGACUCCUCCCUUCAUACUAGAAAAGAUGAUGAGGGUCGUCGUCGUCGCAAAGCGGUGACAGAUGGUGAAACGACAGGAGAGACUGGUGAGGAAGCCACAGAGGCUACUGACAGUGACAGCGAUGGAAGCGCCAGGAGUUUGGACCUCGCCUCCAGCCACUCCUCUGAUGACGAUGAGACCAGCACUCGAAGAUCUAGUCAUCCACCAUCAGCUAACAGAGAUCGAGCCACCAGCGGCAGUGCUACCAGCUAUUUACCGAAUAUUACAGAAGGAGCACCGCUAGCCAUUCAACCAAGAUGGCCGUCACAUAUACGAGAAGAAUCAAACCGACCAGAAAUGGGUAGAUGGUCGCAAGAAACAGCGUCGGACAAUGAAGGUAACAAUGGAGGUAUGGCGUCUCCAUCUCCCAACCCACUGCCCAACCCUGACCUGACGUCUGACGUGUACCAGCUCAGCAGACAUCGGAUGAAGCCUUCGAUACUGGAGAACGUGCACGAUACUUAUGUCGCGAGUGUGGAUGCGUCUAGAUUACCGCUUGAUAAUAGAUACGGCGUAAUGGACGACGAGCUCAUGUACGGAGUACUCCCAACAGACACAGAAAAACAAAUGCAGUACGACCCUAACUAUCCCAUAUCGCCGACCAUGUACAGACUGCCAGGCAACCCUUACGGAUCCAAAACCUACCUCCCUUCAAGAACCUCAGACUAUGGGUUCAGCCCCACAAAAUAUUUAACGGGCGACCCCAACGUCUAUGGGUCUAGGGACUUCAGAGACUCUGGAGUGUCUACCAGAGAACACGAUGGGUACCCGCCGCGGGAUUUUCGGGAUUCUGGCAUAGCCACCAUGUUGAAAAAUGACUAUCAAAGAAAGAUGGAAGGUCAUUACGGUGCAGAUUAUACGGACAGAAUGUCUGAGGGAUCAGAUAAGCAUCAUGACAAAUAUUUGUUCCCGUAUACAGCUGAAGAAGAUCACGCACACUUGCGUGGCAUCAACCAGACACCGCAAGUCCGUAGUAGUGAGAUGGCACACCCAGCUGAUAAUCAACAGCAGAUGGGGGCGCCACUGGCGAGUAUGGGCGAGACGAGCGAGAAAUCUACUACUGAAGACGAUGCAGAAACGAGAGUGUGA